AUGACUGACACCAACGUCGACGACAUCCCCCAGGCUCACGAGACCGUCUACCGGACCUUCCUGUCGGGCAAGACUCGCCCUCUCGCCUGGCGCCGCAACCAGAUCAAGCAGCUCGGCUUCCUCGUCCAAGACAACGAGGACGCGUUCUGCAAGGCGCUCGAGCAGGACCUCGGCCGCCCGGCGUUCGAGACCAUCACGGCAGAGCUCACGCCGAUAAAGGCCGAGAUCAACGACGUGUGCGACCACUUUGAGAAGUGGGCCAAGCCGCAAAAGGCCAAGACGGCGUUCAGCUGGGUCGCCGCAAAGCCCACCGUCUACUCGGAGCCCAAGGGCGUCGCGCUCAUCAUCGGCACCUGGAACUACCCGAUCACGCUCCUGCUCACGCCGCUCCUCGGCGCCAUCUCGGCCGGCUGCACCGCCCUCGUCAAGCCCGCCGAGCAGAGCCCGGCGACGGCCGCCCUCAUUGCCUCGCUCCUCCCCAAGUACCUCGACCCGUCGGCCUUCAUCUGCAUCCUCGGUGCCGUCCCGCAGGCGACGACGCUCCUCAAGCUCCGCUACGACCACGUCUUCUACACGGGCUCGGGCGGCGUCGGCCGCAUCGUCGCCAAGGCGGCCGCAGAGCACCUUACCCCGGUCACGCUCGAGCUCGGCGGCAAGAGCCCCGCGGUCGUCCUCGACGACGCCAACGUCGACGUCGUCGCGAGGAGGAUCAUCUGGGCCAAGUUUGUCAACGCCGGCCAGAUCUGCAUCUCGACCGACUACAUCCUCACGACCCCGGCGAUGGAGCCCAAGCUCAUCGCCGCCAUGAAGCGCGCGCUCGCCACCUUCUCGGCCGCCCCGCCGGGCGAGGCGUCGACGUCGCUCCUCCAGAACUCGGCCUUCUCGCGCAUCGUCAAUGUCAACCACUACAAGCGCAUCUCGAAGCUGCUCGACGGCACCAAGGGCGACAUCGUCGUCGGCGGCAAGCGCGACGACAAGGAGAACAAGAUCGAGGUGACGAUCGUCCGCAACGUUAAGGGCGACGACACGCUCAUGUCGGAGGAGAUCUUUGGCCCCGUCCUGCCCAUCGUGACGCUCCCCGACAUCGACUCGAUGGUGCGCUUCAUCCAGGACCGCGAGACGCCCCUCGCCCUCUACGUCUUCACCCAGAGCGACAAGAAGAGGCAGUACAUCUUUGAGCGCACGCGCUCGGGCGGCUUUGUCCAAAACGACGUCCUCGUCCAGUUCCUCAUCCCGGGCCUGCCGUUCGGCGGCACGGGCCAGGCGGGCUACGGCAACUACCACGGCAGGCGCACGUUCGACACGUUCUCGCACGAGCGCGCCUUCGCGAGCGUCCCGACGUGGAUGGACUCGAUCCUGGCGCUGCGCUACCCGCCUUACACUCCCAAGAAGCUCAAGAUGCUGAUCCUCUUCACGGGCGCGACGAUCCGCCGCGACGGUCGGUACGGCGCCGGCUUCCUCGCGAAGCUGUUUGCCGUCGUCGCCGCCGUCCUUGCCAUCCGCGCCAAGCUCUGACGAGUUCCUC